UCCCUCCGACAGUGUACUCGCUUUUUUGCGCGGAGUGGGUGUAAUCGGGAUUUGUUUCCUAACGUCUUUGCUAAAUGAAAUAUUUAUUUUUCUAUGAGCGAUUGAGUAAAUUGGUGGUGAUAACAAGAGACUGGUGAAUAAUAUUAAAAUGCCGCCGAAGAAGCGGGAGAAGGAAUUGGAGAGUCAAAAACCACCGAGAAUGGAUCAAAUUCAGGCAGACCAUGAGCUCUUCCUUCAAGCCUUUGAAAAACCGACACAGAUCUACCGCUUCUUGCGAACACGAAAUCAAAUUUCGCCAAUAUUUCUGUACCGAAAUUUAUCCUACAUGAAGCAACGCAUGUCACGGAGCCACAAAUCUCGUCGUGGCUUCAGGAUCGAUUCAAUAUUACAGAGGCUUGUGGAGAAAACCAGCCUCAGCCAGAAUCCUGGCAUUCGGGGCUUCAUGACUCUCACUUUUCUAGGUUUUUACGAUAGGAAAAUGGAGGCACCACAGGAUCCCGUCAAAGUGGAGACACUUUUGUUAAAAAUUUGCCACAAAAAACGGAAGGACGUGAGUUCUCCAAUAAUGCAAGUGUCAGUUGGUACUAGUGAGGUGCCAAUAAAUCCAUCUGAAAAUCAACCACCACCAAAAGCACCAACGAUCUCCAUUCCCAAUGAGUCUUUCACUUUGAGCAAUGGACACGUUGCUAAAACGUACAUGCUACUUCUCAGAGUUUACUGCAUGUCGAACAAUGGCUGCCUUAUGAAUAACUGUGAUUUGGAUUCAGAGCCUGCACAAAAGAGACGAAAAUCUUCACCAGGAACGAUAAAAAAUGGUGGAGAAGAGGUCAAACUUUACGGCUCAGAGCUGAUCGUCUACGAUAAACACAAUCGCUGUCUCUUAACAGACGGUGAUUACGAAUUAGGUCUGCAGGAAGUGCAAACCAACGUUAGAUCAAGUCCGAAGAAGCACAGCUCCUGGGAAACAAUAAGUGAUAUCAAAGAGUGUGGCCCAUUUGAGGUAUUCAGUCGAGGGCCGACUCUGAAAUUUCGACUUAGCUGGACAACUGAACCCAGCAAUGGCCUUGUUGACAGGCCAUCCCUUAUUCACCCACUGCCUAAUGGAGAUAAUAAGGAGAAUCGACCCGGAAAUACUGAUUUAGAUCGUUGCUCCGCUAAUCUUAAUAAUAAUAAUGGAUCACUGCCAAACUCAACUCCCCUAACUCCCUCGAAAAUGGCGGGGACGAUGGAAAAAAUGGAUACGUCCAGUGGAACCCAACAAAUUGUUUACCAAUUUCUAUACAAUAAUAAUAGUCGACAACAAACAGAGGCCUGCGAGGAUCUUCACUGUCCCUGGUGCUCUCUCGAUUGCGGUAGGCUUUACUCUCUGUUGAAGCACUUGAAGCUGUGUCAUUCACGUUUCACCUUCACCUAUGUACCAAUAUCACAGGGAGCUCGAAUAGACGUGGCAAUCAAUGACUGUUACGACGGUUCAUACGCCGGAAGCCCACACGAGCUCAUCUCUCAACCCUCAGGGAUUACCUUUUCUCGUACAGGGCCCACCAGGCGUACCAGUGUCACCAACAUCCUAGUCUGCCGGCCCAAGCGAACCAAACCUAGUCUCUCUGAGUUUCUUGAGCUCGAUGAGAACGACUAUGAGAGCCAACGCCCCUAUAUUACCGGCCACAACAGGCUUUAUCACCACACAGUCACCUGCCUUCCAAUCUAUCCAAAAGAAAUGGACGCCGAUUCCGAAGGAGAGAAUGACCCAAAGUGGCUGCAAACCAAAACCAUGAUGAUGAUAGAUGAUUUCACAGACGUGAACGAAGGAGAGAAAGAAUUAAUGAAGAUGUGGAAUUUACACGUGAUGAAGCACGGCUACGUAGGGGAUUGCCAGAUUCCCCUGGCAUGCCAAAUGUUUCUGGAGAAAAAAGGUAAAGAGCUGUUGAUGAAGAAUCUCUACAGGAACUUCGUUCUGCAUAUGUCCAGCCUCUUCGAUUUUGGAUUAAUUAGUCCAGUGGUUCUUUAUCAAAUGAUCCAAAAGCUACAGGAGAUAAUGAAGGAGGAUGGUGAGAACGGGGCUGUAAGGAGGGUCCUUCAAAAGUCCCACGAGACCCAAGUAGAACAUUGGGUGACCACUGGUGUUCAUGCAGAGCCCACUAAAGCCAGUGGAAUUGCCAAAACUAACUUUAAUAAUGAGAUUUCCAAUUCCAAUGCUCGACGAAAGACAACCAUACCUCUAGGUUCCCCACCUCCCACAUCUGGGCUUAAAUCCGUUCAUAAUAAUGUCAGUAAGCAUGCAACCAUGAUUGGAGGAGUUCCAAAAUUAACGACGAAUGGGAGUAAAAAUUCCAGUAAUUCGUUCGCUGUUAGUAAGACUAAUGGAGUGAGCAAUGGGAAAGGAGAAGUUAAUGGGGUUGGUGAGAGGUCAGAGAACCCUCAGACUGAUGGAACUGGUGGAAGAGGGGGUAGUGAACUUCCACCGAGACGAAAGAGUACAAAUUCAAUUGUUCAGGAGAAUCCAUUGCCCAUCAGGCGAAAAUCAAUGGCGAGCGAAAAUGGGGGAAAUGAGUAUCAUAGAAGGAAACUCGUGCUCGAUACUAUAACUGCGGGGGGAAGUGUCAAUCAAAAAACAUCUCAAAAUGAUAAUUAUUAAGAAAUUGGGGGUGAUAAUACCGAGUGGCGGAGGUCCAAGUUGUGUUGGUGAAUUUAUGGGGUUGAAAAUGACAGCGAGUGAGGGCCGGAGUGGCAAGGGCUGUUAGAUAUGAUUGGAACGGUCAUUGUGAAGUCGAAACGUUUUUUUUCGGAAAUUUUUAUUCAAUAAUAUCCAUUGCACAAAAUUUUUCUUGGAUCUCCUUGAAUAAACAACGGAAAAAGAUGAAAAUGGUGAGAGAUUGGUGGAAAUAAUCGGUUCAUUACGCAGCAUUCAUUGUGCGUAUUUAUUACUCUUAAUUUUUCCACUUUAUUCGCAUACAUUUUGUACAGUAUUUUGAUGCGAUUGAUCGAGAAUAAACUGUGUGAUCGAUCAUUAAUUGAUUCAUUAUCUGAUUAAGUUAGUUUCACUUCUGUCACUUUCAUUUCUUUUAUUGAACUGCUGAAAUAAUCAUAUUUGCGAGUGGGGGAAAGGAGGAUAGUGAGGGAUGUUUACCUGUUAGAUCAAUUUCUAUAGUAAAAGUAGUUUUUUUUUAUUUUAACAAAAAUAAUUCAAUGAUAUAGUUUUUAUUAUAAUUAAUUGAUUCCGAUGUCAUUGCUGACCAAAUGUCAGUUUUAUGCUUUCAUACACAGUACAUUUUUCAGAUUUUCCCCCGCAUUUUUUAUUAACCAAUUUUAGUGAAGAUUUUUUUCCCCUUUUUUCCACUUUUGGCUCUUCUUUUCCACUUUUUUUUUUACUCUAGUCAGAUUACACUUUCAUUUCUUUCUGAGGUUUCUGAAAAUUGUAGACAAUUGAGAAACGUGCAUGAUUCUGUUGAACAAUAUCGUUGUUCCAAUCACAAAGCUUUAAACUGUUGGAAAAGGUUAUUCAAUUCGAUUACGUUUUUUUUCCUUUUUUCUUUAAUGGUGAGUACUAGUACUAGGGGUUAGACAAAGGGGCAUUGGUAUCUUUGAGAUGGAUUUGUAGUUGAAAUUUAAAGAUGACAAAAGAAAUGUUCAAAACAAUUAAUAAUCAGUGGUAAAGCUUCAGAAUGACUUAGUCGAAUGAACUUGAUUUUAGAAUAGUCAAAUUGAUUCAGAUCAGUUGAAGUAAUUCAGAAAUUUCGUUUUCCGAUCUGCAACAAUUACUCGCAUUUUUAAACACAUAAUUUUUCGAUAAUGUUGCAAUCUUAACACAAGUGAAGAUGUUUUUAAAUUACUUCUGUCAUUUCAUUGCGCUUAACAAACGUUAGAUUUAAUUUCAAUAAAAUGACUUUGCGAAUUAUGUACUUGCAACUCAUGCUGAACUUUACUACUGAAUGACGAUUGGUAAUAGACAUUGAGCGAUUAUGCAAAAGUGCCUUCAUUAAAUCUGAGGCUUUUAAGAAAAAAUUAGUUUUCCUCGAAAUUUUGUAUAGAAGUGAUGUAGAAUAUUUUCAAAUUCUUCGCCAAUUGCCUGGUUCAAAGAAAGCCGUCGAAUCUAUUUUGUUUUCUCUAGAGCGCAAAGUCGAAUAACAAACAUCAGCAAAGGACUGUUGUCCUAAACCCGUUGUCUAUUGGACUGUUGUCUCUGAACCCGGUUCGCUCGAGGAUCUUCGCAAAAUAAUCGCUAGAAAUGUUUAAACAUACCUCCUUUCAUCACUUCAUUUAUCGAUUUCUGUGUGAAAUUACCCCUGGACAUGAUAAUUUAUGAUACUUACAUCUCCCAGAUUGUGCCCACGCUACCCAUGAAAUUAUACAAAAGAGUAAUGGUGUAUUAAUUAUUUAAUCGUCAAGGACAUUGUACGAUACACGAAAAUACUAACUAAAUUUACUGCCUGUACGGUCGUCAUUCUUGUUCUAUUCUAUUUCAUUUUAUCAAUGAAUACUGUAGACGAAGACCUGACCGUUACACUUUAAAUCUUACACUGUAUAUCGUAGAUUGUAAAUAGGUAUAUUGCAAAAAAAAAUCAAUAAAUUCUGUGAAAAAAAAAUUAAA